AUGAUGAAGAGUGGAGUGUGUGAACCUCGAGUACACAGCAUCUGCGGGGAUGAUAUCGUGGCCAGCCAGGAUGUAUUGAAUGUCCUGAAGGAUGAUAUGGACAAACAGAUGGGGGAGGGGCAUAUUGCUGCUGUUGUUGCGGUGGUGGAUGUGGCUGUAGUUGGCGUUAGGCGUGCUGACAGAUGUCUGCUUGCUAGUUGA